AUGUCCUGCUACGAUCUGUGCCGGCCCUGCGGCCCCACCCCACUGGCCAACAGCUGCAACGAGCCCUGUGUCCGGCAGUGCCAGGACUCGCGGGUCAUCAUCGAGCCGUCCCCCGUGGUGGUCACCCUGCCCGGGCCCAUCCUCAGCUCCUUCCCGCAGAACACCGCCGUGGGAUCCUCCACCUCCGCUGCUGUGGGCAGCAUCCUGAGCGAGUCUGGGGUCCCCAUCAACUCGGGGGGCUUUGGGCUCUCGGGGCUCUCUGGCCUUGGUGGCCGCUACUGCGGCCGCAGGUGCCUGCCCUGCUAGAGCCGGGCCGCACGUCCAGCCAGUGCCUCCCCCAGGACGCCCCAAGCCCUGUGCCUCACUGAGCCUGGAGCUGCUGGCCAGCGUUUCCAG